GGAGUCGUCCUGAGGGAGUCCUGGGUGGCCGAGCUCGCGUGGCGCACGGCACAAGUCUCCAUCUCGGGCGGUCGGGGCAGCCGCCAGGGCCAGGGCCGCAGCCAUGAACGGCACAGAGGGCCCCAACUUCUACGUGCCCUUCUCCAACGCCACGGGCGUGGUGCGCAGCCCCUUCGAGCAGCCGCAGUACUACCUGGCGGAGCCGUGGCAGUUCUCCAUGCUGGCGGCCUACAUGUUCAUGCUCAUCGUGCUGGGCUUCCCCAUCAACUUCCUCACGCUCUACGUCACCGUGCAGCACAAGAAGCUGCGCACUCCCCUCAACUACAUCCUGCUCAACCUGGCCGUGGCCGACCUCUUCAUGGUGUUCGGCGGCUUCACCACCACGCUCUACACCUCGCUGCACGGCUACUUCGUCUUCGGGCCCACCGGAUGCAACGUGGAAGGCUUCUUUGCCACCCUGGGCGGUGAAAUUGCUCUGUGGUCCCUGGUGGUCCUGGCUAUCGAGCGCUAUGUGGUGGUGUGCAAGCCCAUGAGCAACUUCCGUUUUGGGGAGAACCAUGCCAUCAUGGGCGUGGCCUUCACUUGGGUCAUGGCGAUGGCCUGCGCCGCGCCCCCGCUGGCCGGCUGGUCCAGGUACAUCCCCGAGGGCAUGCAGUGCUCGUGCGGGAUCGACUACUACACGCUCAAGCCCGAGGUCAACAACGAGUCCUUUGUCAUCUACAUGUUCGUGGUCCACUUCGCCAUCCCCAUGAUCAUCAUCUUCUUCUGCUACGGGCAGCUGGUCUUCACCGUGAAGGAGGCGGCCGCCCAGCAGCAGGAGUCGGCCACCACCCAGAAGGCUGAGAAGGAAGUGACCCGCAUGGUCAUCAUCAUGGUCAUUUUCUUCCUCGUCUGCUGGCUGCCCUAUGCCAGCGUGGCCAUGUACAUCUUCACCCACCAGGGCUCCAACUUCGGCCCCAUCUUCAUGACUCUGCCGGCAUUCUUCGCCAAAAGCUCCUCCAUCUACAACCCGGUCAUCUACAUCAUGAUGAACAAGCAGUUCCGGAACUGCAUGAUCACCACCCUGUGCUGCGGCAAGAACCCACUGGGCGACGACGAGGCCUCCACCACCGCCUCCAAGACCGAGACCAGCCAGGUGGCCCCUGCCUAA